GUCGUAAACUCCCAGCGAGCAAUCCUGGCGGCGCCGAAAUAAUGCAUUUCGUCUGAUUAAUUCUACGCAAGAACGGUUGCAAAAUGUCUGAGCUUUUUAUGGAAUGUGAGGAGGAGGAGCUGGAGCCCUGGCAGAGGAGGAUUCCGGAAAUUAAUUUGGUGGACGAUGAUGACGACGACGAUGACGAACCCAUUUUUGUUGGGGAAAUCCGUAGCUCCAAAGUGACGACAAACACCAGGCCAAUACAAACCGCGUGCCAAGGUCCUGCUCCGGCCGUGAAACCCGUCAACCAGCGCCAGACCCCGCCCGCGGCCACCCGGAGCAUCAUGCCCGUUUCGCCUUUGGUGCGAGCUGGCGGCGGGGCCACAGUGACAGCGCAGCAGAGGGCCCCGCAGGUCCCGGCGACGCCGCAGCCUGUCCCCUCCUGCGGCCCCGUACCCAUAGUGCCUCAGCUCGCCGUCAGGGCGCCGGCGCAGUCCGUCACCAAGUCCUUACUCAUCCCCAUGGCUCCCCAGCCCGCGUCCCUCACCGCCGUCUCUCAGAGCGCGGCCCACGGCCUGCCCGCACAGCCCCCCCAGCCUAUCAUCAUCAACAACCAGGGCUAUAUAGUGGCAUCGCCCCCGAUAUCCAACAACUCCACAUUCAUUGCUUCUCUGGGGAAUCAGUAUCCACCUGGAACAUCUUUCACUGUGCUUCCAGCGGGACAGCAGCUGCUGCAGCAGGUGACCCCGACGAAGGCCGUGCCUGGGGUGGUCCACAGGCCCCAGGUGCAGCUGAUACAGAACAACGUCGUCACCCUGGCCAACGUGCAGACCCCCCCGCAGCCGAAGCAGCCGGGCGCGCAGUUCCAGCCCGCCAAGCUGCAGCCCAUCCAGAUGAACGCCACCACGCUCCAGCCCAUACAGGUGGUGUCCUCCCCCGUGCAGGGCAAGCUCCUCACCCCCGCCGAACCGCAGCCCUCGCCCCUGCUGCAGGUCGUCAGCAAUUCGGCAGGCAGUGGGACGAAUGCUGCUAAAAGGGAAUCCGCGCCGGACCCGAUGAGCAAUACCUCCAAAAGGACGAAGCUGGAUUCCGGAGCUUCACAAAAUGGGACACCUUUUAGAAAAAAGUGUCCAAGGUGCAAUAUUCAGUUCAACCUUCCAGGUCCCAUGAAAAAUCAUAUGAGGUACUGCUGCUCUCUUAUGAUGGACAGUGUCUUCCCCACAACAUCCAAGCAAUUUAAACCCGCCGCCAAGAACUGGGAAACUGACAAAGGGAAGCUCAUCAUGCUGGUCACUGAGUUUUACUACGGGAGGCAUGAGGGAGACAAGCCGCUGGACCAGGAGCAGAAAACCAACACCACCUUUAAGUGCAACACCUGCCAGAAGGUCCUGAAGAACAACGUCAGGUUCAUGAACCACAUGAAGCACCACUUGGAGCUGGAGAAGCAGAGCAACGAGAGCUGGGACAGCCACACGACCUGCCAGCACUGCUUCCGGCAGUACGCCACCCCCUUCCAGCUGCAGUGCCACAUCGAGAGCGCCCACAGCCCAUACGAGUCCACCACCAAUUGUAAAAUAUGUGAAUUAGCCUUUGAAACUGAGCAAGUGCUCUUGGAACAUAUGAAGGACAAUCACAAGCCUGGUGAAAUGCCUUACAUUUGCCAGGUGUGCAACUACAGGUCGUCGUUCUUCUCCGACGUGGAGAAUCACUUCCGCACCGUGCACGAAAAUACUAAAGACCUCCUCUGUCCGUUUUGCCUUAAAGUCCUGAGAUGUGGCAUCAGGUAUAUGCAACAUUGUAUGAGACAUCAGAAAAAAGGAAUUCACAAAUGUGGCAAGUGCAGGCUGAAUUUCCUGACGUAUAGGGCGAAGACGGAACACAGGGUUGAAUUCCACAGAACAUUUAAAAAACCCAAAACCUUGGAGGGGCUUCCCCCAGGAACCAAGGUGACGAUCCGUGCCUCUCUGCAGGGGGGCUCCGCCACUUCCGCCAACGCCCCCAGCAGAUCCAUCGUCGUUCCCAGCAGCCCCGGCUCCAAACCGCCAGGCAAGCCUCAGUCCAGCACGUCCAAGUCAAAGUCGUCCGCGCAGGGCUCAAGCCCCGGGAAAGCCAGGUCCGUGCAGAACAAGAGGCAGGAACGGCUCAACUCCAAGCUCCAGGAGCGUAGCAAUGAGGUGCUGAAGAAUGUCAGGAAUCACUUUGGAGAGCAGAUGUGUGUUGAAUGUUGCACAAAAAUCACAGACUUCUACACUCACUACCCCGCGGUGCUCAACUGUGGAGCGUGCAAGUAUCGGACAAGCUGCAAGAGGUCUUUUGAGAAUCAUAUGAUCAGGUUUCACAGUGCUGUCUCCAGGGACAGAUACAGAAAGAUGAAGAGGCCUCGAGGUAGCUUACGGAGCAUAACACUCGUUUGUCUGAACUGCGACCUCCUGGCUGAUGCAUCAGGGAGCGACCUCAUGAGCAAACACCUAAUCGACAGACCAAACCACACCUGUCAGGUCAUCAUUGAGAAAGGAAUUUGUCCCGAUGAACCAACAAAAACCGAGCUGGGGAAUGAAGCCUCUGCAGGGGACACCGACUCUAAGGGAGGCGAAACUCACUCUCGGAGUGAAGAUUUGGACCCUGCAGAUACCGGCAGAAGCAAAGAUGACCCUCCGAAGGAUUCUCAGUCCAAGUCAACCGCUCAAAGUGCUGAGGACAUUUUGGCAGCCAAGGAUUCAAAAACUGCUUCUGAGGGGACUGAAAGAAGUGACACUCAGCAGGGAGCCCAUGCAAACACGAAUGACGGGGACUCGCCUCAGAGCAAAGUGGGAGAGCUGUCAGGACCAGAGGCAGGACCAGAGGCCCCAGAGCAGGCCGGGAAGGAGGGGCCCGGGACCCCUUCCAGCCCCACCGGCCCCAGGGAUGACGGAGAGGCGGCCGGCAAGCCUGGGGACGACGUGCCCUUCGAGGACUUCCUGAGAAAAGCAGACAAGCGUGAGUCCGCAUGCGCGGACGCGGACGCCGGCGAGCAGGGCAGCGUCCACCUGGAGCCCCUCACCCCGUCGAAGGUUCUAGAACACGAAGCCACAGAGAUCCUGCAGAAGGGCAGUAGCCCACCGCCCGAUGGCGGCACCAGCGAUCCGAGCAGCCCCUCCGGUCCCGACAAAGCAGAAGAGCCCACAGCCUGACGGCGGACGCAAACGCAGGCGCCCGAGACUGACAUUUCCCCUUGCUGCACUCCCAGUCAUGUACUAUGGGAGGGGACAUUUUCUAUGAAGCUCUAUAUUAUGUCUCAGAACAAUGUUCUGGAAGUAAGUCAAAUCUUUGGCUGAACAGAGGGUGCAUAAAUAAAUGUGUGUGUCAAAAUGAACUUUGUAUAUACGGUUUUAAUACACUCCUGUAUAGGGCUGUACUCCUGCCAGGCCUCAAGCUAAAAAGUAAACCUUCAAUAGAAGAUGGACCAUUCAGUUGAAUACUGUUUUUGUGCAUGUGUUCUGAUUGUGUAUACAGAAUCACUGCUUUUGUUCUUGUUUUAAGUAUGUGUGUGGUAUGGACCUAGGAAGAUGACUCAAAAUAAAAGUUACGAUCCCUUCGGCAAGUAUUAAUAUGCUUUAUAGCUGGCAUGUUAUUCCAAAAGGCAGCUACUUUAGGCACAGUGUGUGUUGCAAUAAGUGUAAUUUUGGCAUGUAGCUAAGGAUACAUGUAAAUGCUCCAUAUUAUCUUUGUGUAGCCACAGCAGAGAUGACAACCGAUGAAAUACCCUGACCUUAAUAUAUUUUCUCCUUUUUUUUUGCUGAUAGAUGUAGUUUUCAUAUGCCGAUUUUGGUACCUUGCAUUAACAGUUCAUGGUUGCGUUAUGCCUCUUUCAGUAUUCUGUUCUCCUAGACUUUGUAUUUGUCUUUCUUUAACUUGCAUUGAGUGGCAGAGAGCCAAAAGGCUUCGGAGUGAAAGGUAAGGCACUCGGUCAGUCACGGCUGCUUUUACGGCCUGUGAAUAAACGUUUGGGUGAUCCUUCCUGACAGCUGUUGUGUAGAUGAUUCUUUUGAACGGUUCAGUUUACCGAAUCAACCCAACUUACUGUGUUCGUUUUAUCCAGUGUCCAUAUCAUGUCGGAAGUCCAUUACAAUGUCUGUUCUCAUAGCGUCCAUUUGCUGGAUUGUGUCAUGUUUGUGAACAAGGUUAACAUACACUAUAUGGACAAAAGUAUUCGGACGCCUG